CGAGGUUAAAACGACGCGGGCUGUUCGAUAUGGACGUAACACCGCGUGAACUUGAAGAAAUAAUUGGUGCAACUUCACCUGACACCAUCAAAUAUGGAAAGCGGAAAGCUGAACAUAACCCUUUAAGCAAAAAGUCAAAACGCUUAAAAGCUGAAAAUUCGAUUUUAACUCCUGAAAAACUCAUCGAGACUCAAGCUUCAAAACGUGUCGUUGAAGAAUGUAAGCCUACAAAAAAUGGGUUUAAAAAUCACGACAUUCAUAAAGAAAUACAAAGUAUCUUAGAAUAUCGUAAUAAAUGUACGCUGAAAAUUCACGGACUCCCCGCAAAGACAACCAUAAAUGAAUUGGAAAAACUGGCUCCAGAAGCAAAAGCCUAUCGUUUACCAUGGAUAACUCGUCUUUACCGAUGUCAUGGAUUUGCGUUCUUAGAGUUCGAAUCAGAAGAACAAACCUUGAUGCAUAAGGAAAAGCUUCACAAAUCGCCUUAUGGUAAUAAAACUUUAUUCGCUAGUGUGGGGAAGUUCAUAUCAGAAUGUAUUGAUGACUAUGAUUGCAAAAUGCUUGUUCUUUAUGGAGUAAAUUAUAAUGUUAAAAAAGGUGAAAUAGCAAGAAAAUUUCCAUCUUCCACUAAUAUAUCUUUCGACAAAACCAGUCACUUAAAUGCUAGGCGUAAACCCGGCAUUGUCUACCUAACUUUUGCUUCAGAAGAAGAUGCUGUUAAUGCGAUUAAAUGUAGACAAGGCUGCUUAUUGAGAGGUAAAAAGAUAUCCAUUCUUUUCCAUACGAAACGACAAGAAACAAGCAAAAAUUGUCUUUUAGUUCGUGGUCUAAGCAAAAAGGUUACUGAAAAUGAUCUCCUGGUUGUUUUUCCUCAAGCAUCCACGGUUCACAUCAAUCAUUUUCGUGGUGAAGCUCAAAUUAUGUAUGAUUUAGAGGAGGAUUGUCUUUUGGAUCAAAAACAAGCAAAAGAUAUGUUAAUUGGUGGUCGAAAAAUUCAAGUUUUUCCAGUUUCUGUUGGUAAAAAGGAUAAGUCCUGUCCAGUGCCUAAAACUGAACAGUCUGGUAAUCCUAACUCAGAUGUUUCGUCAAGUAUUGUAAUAGACAAAUGUACUCUACCUUUAUGUGAAGAAACUAUUUUUAAAUUAUUUCCAAAAGCAAUUGAUUUCUGCAUAUCACCCCAAUCAGCUUCUGAAAAUGGUGUGGCAUGUGUUAAAUUCGCCACUUUAUCACACGCAAAACGAGCGAUCAAGUCAUUAGAUGGCAAUUCAAUGAGGGCUAGAAUAGCCAAUCCUAAACGAAUGAGACUUCUUGGCUUUUCUGAAAAAUUUACCAAGGAAACGAAGGAUGAAGGAAGUGUAUCUCUUUCUACUAGUAAAGCUGAGCAGACAAAAAGUGAUCACAAGUUCAAAAGAAAGGAUAAAAAACACCACAAAUCUAAAACUCAUUUUUUGAAUAAACAUGUAAUUUCCUAAAUUAAUAUAAUACUAAAACUUA